UUCGGCAUAUUUCUGUAAUACUCGGUAGCAAAAUAAUACCAUCAAAAUCCACUAUUUUUAACGGCUUUAAGAAAACAUCAAGCCUAAAAACAGUCACGAUCGAAUAAUUAAAUUAUCAAACUUUGUGAAUCUCAUAACAUUUUAUAUCAGAAUAAUCUUCUCUACGUAUUAUCGAAGAGUUUUCUUGACCAGCUGACUUGUUACCAAGUGGUGCAAUACACAGGUCAUACCACAGCGUUUGGAGAACAGCUGACGAUGAUUCCGUCCAAAGAAGUUACGAUUUGAGUAAGGAACAAGAAAUAUUCAUAAAUCAUCUCAACAAUGGACUAAAAGUGAGUUAUUUUAAUGUAAAAUUGCCAAAAUGUGUUGUGUAAAGUGACAUCUAGUGAGAAUUACAUUGCUACGUGGAUAAAUAUGAGGAGAUAACUCUAAGAGAACAACAUGUGUGCGUAACCGGUUUCAACAUAAUGCCAAGGAAACCUUCGAAUCAGUCCCAAUCGUUUUUUGAUGAAUUUGAUGCAAGAUCAUAUCGACAUUUAGUGCAGAGAGGCCAAGACAUUCCGGGACAUCAUGCUCCAUCCCAACCGUCACAAAUGCAACAAUCUUCAGGUUCGAGUUCCGGCAAGAAGCGGAAGAAACAAAAGCAGAAAUCCCAUAAAAAAUCGAAAGAAAAGAGUGAAAGAUAUUCACAGGAAAAUGUACGUAUGCCCUCGGAAUCGAAAAAUAAAUCUAUUGUAGCAUACGAUGAUAUAAGUUCAGACUCUGACAUUUCCAACAAUGGACCAGCUUCGCCUGUAAAUCGUGGUCAUAGUAAUAAUAACAGGGAAUCGUCGAAGAGAUCUAUGUCUCCCGGGUCUCGCAUAAGGGGAUACCCUCCGGACAGGAGCCUGAGUAUCUCUCCAAAUAACAUACGUGAACCACCUAGUCCACAACAUCCGCCCGUGAGAAAUGUUAGCAGGAAACACCAAAAGAAACGACCAUUGUCACCACAAGAACUCCCAGUGCCAAAGGAUCAUCCAAAAAACUAUUCUGGUGGCAACAGUGUUCCUCCACCAAAGGCAUAUAAUAUGCCCCCAAAAGCUUACAAUCCACCAAAGGCCUAUGCUGAUCCACCACGGGCUUACAGUGGAUCAUUUAAUAGAGACCAUAGUCCUACAGAAAGUCCAAGGAAACGUUACAGAUCUCGCUCACCAAGUCCGUCGUAUAUGGCCCGGAAAAAACCCAGUGCUCACUACAAAGACAAAUACUCACGACAUGACAAAUAUAAGAACAGGUCAAAAUCGAGAUCACCUAGUCCACGCAGCCGAUCUCGCAGGGGUUCUUCACGGUCACGGAAUCGACACCCCCGUUCAAGACAUUCUCGCUCACCUCCUGAGCAUAGUCCUCCAAGAGGACAUUCCUAUUCCUCUAGCAAUAAAAUAAGUCAUUCCACAGUUAACUAUGCCACAAGCCUUGCAGCCGAGCUCAGCAAGCAUCGGCGGGCACGUGAAGCAAAGGAAGCUGCUGCGCUGGCAGCGAAGGGCAGGGAACCGAGGGAACCAAAGGAAAGGGUGAUGUAUCGUGAUUCCCCAUUGGAUGGGAAAGACAAUAUAAUAAUUACUAAAGUGGAAAGUGGCCAGCGUAGUGUAAAACAAGACUAUAGGCAGCAGGAGUAUUUAAAGAAACAGCAUGCGAUUAAAGCGUCGCCAACUCCACCCCCUCCCCCGCCAGGUCUGCCUCCUCAACGUAAAAACAGAGUUAUAGCGCAAAUGGAGGACAAGAUUGUUGUGAAAGUUGAUAAUGCCAAACGGGAAAUUAUUGACCUUGAUAGUAUAAAUGAUCGUUUAGACCAUGAUCAUAAUCAUGAUCAUGGAUUCAAUCGUGAUGAUCGUCGUGGGCGUGGGCCUGAACGGGACCAUCGAGGAGAGGUGCUAGAUCGACGUGGGGAGGUACCUGAUCGCCGUGGUGAUGUACCUGAUCGACGUGGGGAUGUACCUGAUCGACGUGGCGAGGUACCUGAUCGCCGUGCUGAGGUGCCUGAUCGCCGAAGUGAAGUGCCUGAACGCCGAGGGGAAGGGCGUGAAAGUCGAGACUCUAGUUUUGAUAGACAGAUUAUCAAUCAGUAUAGUGGUCGAGGAGACAGACGUAGUGCAAUAGACUUUCCCACGUUACCUCGGCUUCCUCUACCUCAGGUAUCCCCAGAAGAGGAGUUUGACAGUGAUAGCCCAUACAGUGAUAGUGCACCAGCCAACUUGCCAAAGGAGGAGGUCUACCCUCGACAGAGGAGAAUUACAGACCUCCCAAUGCCUCCCAUGUUGGAUGAGCCGGAUAUGGACUACGAAGUAGAACAUGAACCAGAACCUGAUGUAAAACGUGAAGCCCCUAGCUCUGGCAAGUUCAAACGACCAAAACUUUGUCUUCAAAGAAGAAACGAUGAACGAUCAAAGGGUGACUGGGGAGAGCGUUGUGUGGACCUAUUUAAAACUAUAGAGAUCAUUGGGGAGGGCACAUAUGGUCUGGUAUACAAGGCCAGGGAUACCUUCACUGAUGAACUUGUGGCUCUGAAGAAGGUCCGUCUAGAGAAUGAGAAGGAAGGGUUCCCCAUAACCGCAGUCAGGGAGAUCAAGAUCCUGCGACAGCUGAACCACCCAAACAUUGUCAACCUGAAGGAAAUAGUCACAGACAAGCAGGAUGCUCUAGAUUUCAAAAAGGAUAAAGGUGCUUUCUAUCUUGUGUUCGAGUAUAUGGACCAUGACCUCAUGGGACUGCUGGAGUCGGGCAUGUGUAACUUCAAAGAAGAGCAUAUCGCGUCGUUUAUGAAGCAGUUGUUGGACGGUUUGAAAUAUUGUCAUAACAAGAACUUUUUACAUAGAGAUAUUAAGUGUUCAAACAUUCUACUCAACAACAGAGGCCAGAUCAAGCUGGCUGACUGGGGAUUAGCCAGGUUGUACCAUGCAGAUGACAAGGACAGGCUGUACACAAACAAAGUGAUCACACUUUGGUACAGACCUCCAGAACUCCUCCUUGGAGAGGAAAGAUACGGGCCUGCCAUUGAUGUGUGGAGCAUAGGGUGUAUUCUAGGAGAACUUUUUAUAAGGAAACCCAUAUUCCAGGCUCAGACAGAGCAGAACCAACUGGAACUAAUCAGCAAGACCUGUGGCUCUCCGUGCCCGGCCGUGUGGCCGGAGGUCAUCAAACUGCCACUCUUCCACACUUUCAAACCCAAAAAGCAAUAUCGACGGCGCCUGAGGGAGGAAUUUUCAUUCCUGCCUAAGCAUGCUCUUGACCUGAUGGACCAAAUGCUAGAGCUGGACCCUAGCAGGAGAGUUACGGCCGAGCAAGCCUUGGUGUGUCCUUGGCUCAGGGAUAUAGAAUGUUGCAAAAUCACUCCACCAGACUUGCCUAAGGACCAAGAUUGUCAUGAAAUGUGGUGCAAAAAUAGAAAGAAAAGCAUAAAAGAAGCAAAAUUAAAAGAAUUGGAGACCGGGUCAAAAAAUAUCACGCCACAAAAGCAAAGUAUGACUCAGAGUGCCUACAAACCUGGGUCAUCUACUGGGAAGGGACACACUGAUACGUCAAAAUCAUCUUCAGCAGAAAGUGUAUCAAUAAAAGCUGUAACCAAGAGUUCAAACAGUUCAAAUUCGUCUCAUUCAGUCGCAUCACACUUGGCUGGACAUUCAUCUGCUUCAAUGUCAUCGUCUUCAUCAUCCUCCAGAAAGAAUGUUGUUCCAAUUCCGGGAAUAGACAUAGUUGCAGACAAGAACCUUAAGGAUGGUGAUAGUAAUUCUGAUAGUCAUGGGAGUCACCACAAAGUACAGACCCGUGACAGUGAUGAGAUUGAGGGUAGGGGAGGUAGCUCUGUUGCCACAGUGGACCAACAGAGCCAGCUCACAAAGAUGGUCUCUAUGCUGCAGCAGGGGCUGUCUGUUGACACGGUGGCCAAAAACAUGAAUAUGAAGUUAGAUGACCAGACCAUGCAGCUCAUGGACAACCUUGGCAAACAGCUCAUGUUAGCAGCAAGCAUGGCUAAGCAUGUCACCAAGGAAAAUUCAGACGAGGUAGCUGAAGAGGGUAAAGUUCCCGACCCCUUGCCAGGGCUUGGCCAGAGUGGAGGUGAUCAAGCACCUCAAACGUAUGCUAGUGCAGUAAUGGACAGAAGCUACCCAGACUACCACCAGGCAGGGGAUAGCCAGGCCAUGGACCAGUAUGGAUAUCCCAUGGAAAGUGUUCAGGACCCCUACCCUGCGCCAGCUUACGGAGUCCCAGCCCAGCCACAGCUAGCUGCCAUGGGAGACCAGGAGGGAAGCAGCAGUAAUGCUGGAGUUAAAGCUGCCCUGGCGCAACUCCUGUCCCAGCAGGGCCUCAGGGUGGCCGUCGGAGGCAAUGAACUGGGCAAUAGAGGAUCCGACCCCUACACCUCUCAGUCUGACGGAUACUAUCAUUCUGACUCAAGUGAUCAAAACUACGGAGUCAGAAAUUUCCCAAUCAGCAGCACUGCUUCAGGUGUGUCUUCUCAACAUCUGCCUGAUCAGGGUCUUGUAGACUCUUACAGACCACAGGGAUCAAAGGUGAGAACACCUACUACGCCUAACUUCCCGUCUACAACGUCGACUGGACUGCAGAAACAGUAUAGUGGUUAUGGAUCUGACGAUUCCCGUGGUAGUACCGACACGUACAGUCAAGGAGGAUAUUCAAUGCAUGGCCAGACAUCUAUAUCGGGGGGAGCAUCGGCUAGUGCUGCAUUUGGAACACUCUCGAGUCAAGGUCAGAGCCAGGCUAACACAGGAGUGACACAAUCUUCCGGACCCAAGCCGCUGAUGUCACUUGGUAUAUCUGGCUACGGUGAUGGGAGACCACAGGGAGGCUUACCUAGAAGCAUACUGAAGAAUAAGCCAGCGACGACCCCAUCACUUCUUGGACAAGGGCCUGUCAACCCAGGAGCUCCCAACUCCGGGGGACACCGAAUGAAUCCUGGGGGCCAAAGAGGCACAUUCCCGCCUGGUAGAGGAAACUGGUAAACUGUCAAGAUACAAUGCAUAAUUAUGUUCAGUUUGUUUUUCAUGGCAGUUUUAUUUGUUGGUAGAUGUAGUGAAAUGUUUAAUUUAUAAGAAUAUUUUUUCAGAUGUUGAAUUUGACAGAAUAUUUUUGCAGAUGACUUUCACAGUAAUGCUUGCAGAAUCAUUAUUCAAGAAUAUUGAAAGGUGUUUACAUUUCAGUUAAUAGAAAAUACCUUCUAACAUGUCAUAAAUAAUAAGGUUUUUUUUAUAGAUAAGUUAUCCAAUAGUAAGUGCUUUGAUUGUAGGAAUUUUUUAGAAAUUUUAAUUUAAGUUCUCUGCUUUAUAAAAGAAAUACUAUUUUAGGCAUCAAAUGUCAAGACUUUUGCUUUUUUAUUUGAUAGUUAAGUAGUAGGAAUCGGACACUGUAUAUAAGUAGAUACAUGCAGUCAUUUUUCUUUGUGUGUAGUAGUACAAUAUAUUAAGUUAUGUAUAAUUCAUUUAUUGUUUUCUUUAAUUUGCCAUUUUCAAUAGGAACUGCCAUUAAGAUUUUUUCCAACAAAUUUCUAACCAUCAAAUCCUUGUGCUGGUAAGACUAUAAUUCUUGAUAAAAAUCAUAACUUGACAAUUACAAUUAUGCAACUUAUUGAAAUCUCAAAUAUCUUUUCAUUGUGGAUGCUGUCAUUAUCAUUUUGAAACUUGCAUAUGGUAAUGAUAAUAUAUUUUAUUGUUUUGUAUACAUGUCUUCUAUAGAACUGUGUAAAAUUUGCUGUAAAUAUAUAUAAUUAAUCCUUUUCUCCCUUGGACCUCUAAUUUUAUGGAUUUAUGGGAGAUUUUUUGGGCCGCAGACCAGAAGUCUGCAGCUUUACCAAUGUCGAAGGACUAUUCCGUAUUCGUAUUUGCAUACAAAUCAAUGAUUGUGGCGAAUCUUUUUGAGAAAGGAAUGCGUUGGUGAUCGACAGAUUUUAGAGUAACAUUUUCAUCAGUUUCUAUGUGGAUGUUUUCACUUGCCAGACUUUCUGAAGUUUGUCACCUCCGAUGAGCUGUUGAGGAAACACUUUUGGGAGGUCAGAAAAAUAAUUUGAUGGCUGCAGUGAAGAUAUGUCUACAGAAGCAUUAUUAUUGCUGGUUGUCACCGCAGGUUUUUUUCUGAAAAUCUGGACUUGUGAAUAUAAAGCGAAAGUGAAGCUUGAUACUGUGUACAGUGAUGAACUGUAGUACAUGUCUUGUUCUGCUAAAAAUUGUAAAAAAUAUAUACACAGGAUUGUAUCAUGUGUCCGACAUGCUCAGAAUGUUAUAUUCGUGGUAUCAUAUUGUCUUAAAAAAAAAUAUGUUUUUCUUCCGUAAAAUAUUUAAAAUAAGAUAAUGUUACAUAUUGAACAUAGCACUUCAUCAUAUUUUUCAAAAAGCACAGGUACAUGUAUCAAUCUUUUGCGAAACUUGUUGAUUAAUUGAACACCUUGUGAAUUUAAGCUAAUGUAUAGAAGGUGUACAAGAGAAGAUUAAUUUUAAUACUAUUCUUGUUUCAAAUCUCAGUAUUUGACUUGAUGUAUAAUUCACAUGUCACUUGAUCAUGCAAUCUGUUACAAGUUUUAAGUUACUGAUUCACAUGGCAUUGUACUAGAAAAAAAACUGGCAUUUGAGAAUGUCAGCAUAUGUUAUGUUGUAACAUUCAUGAAAUUUCAAGAUUUUAAAUUUGGUUGUAUGGUGCUGUCUUUUCCAUCAAAGCUAUAGAAUUGUUUUCUUUUCUACAAUUCUUAAAAAAAAAAAUGGUGAACUAUUCUAAAAGUUUGAAAAUUUUGUUCCUCAUAACUAGGAACUUAACAAUUGUAUGUUUCAGGUGCAACAUGUAGUAUAUUGGACUUGCAAGUCGUUUAUACAAAUCAUUGUUUGUGGAUAUGGUGAAUAAAUGCUUUUCCCUUGAA